AUGCCGCCUCGGAUACGAAACAGCAACUGUCCUCCCCAGCAGUUGCUGCUCAACUACCUCGACGCCCCCCUCCCAUCCUCUCUCCUCCCCGUCCACAGGCCAGCGGCGGUCGCUUCGUCGUCAACCCCCUCACCAUGUCGUCCCCAACAACAGUCGGCGGCGGCCCCACAACGAUGCUUUUCCACAUCGCAACCCCGUGAGAUGACCAAGCCCCAACGCGAGUUCAGGCAAUUCCUCAAACACGCGGGCAAGCAGUUCGAGAAGCACGUGGGCAAUGGGCCCAUGUAUUUGAGCUCGGUCAAGUCGAUGGGCGCCGACGAUGUUCCGUUUCCGAGCAACAAGAUGUUCAGAAGUGAGCCGGUGCUGUCGAGCAGGGCGAGACAGAUUAUCUGGGAGGCGGUGAUGCUCAAGGGGAUGCCGCUCAAGGCUGUGUCGGCGCAGUACCAGGUUGACGUGAGGAGAGUGGCGGCCGUGGUCAGGCUGAUGGAGAUUGAGAAGAGGAUGGAGAAAGAGAACGCCCCCAUGGCCAUCCCCUACGCCCUCGCCGUAGAAAAAAUGCUCCCCCGCUCCAACCUCACCGGCGAUGAACAACCAUUCGAGCCCAUCAACGACGUCCACGUCCACUCCUUCACCAUGCAGCAGCUCUUCGUCCCCGUCUCCGAGUCCCGCGAGUUCACCCGCAAGGACGCCGCCAAGGCCUUUGGCGACCACAUCCUGCCCCCCGACCACAAGAUGCGCAUCCCUGAGCUCGUCAAGAUGGAGAGGGACAUCCUCAACGACGUGCCACAGGCCCAGGCCGAGAAGGACUUUUUGGCCAGUACCCGCGAGAGCGAGAGAGUUUUUGCCGAAAAGGAAAAAUACGUGGCGGCCAAGAGGGACGCCAUGAAGAGCAAGGUCGACACCGAGAGGUUCGAGUUCCGGAUUGAAGAUAUCAACUCGGAGGCUGUUGGCAAGAAGGGCCGGGCGAGGGGAGCCGUUGGUUGGAGGUAUGGUGUCCCGUUCAAUGAUCGGCAGAGGGGUCUGUACAAGAUUCCUACUAGCGUUGGUUAAAUCUUUGUUUUGGAAGCUGUAAGAGACAGAGAGAGCAAGCAAGACAGCAAGCCACUUGUACAUUAUUUUGAGUUUCAGGGGUGGAAAAGGAACAACAGGCAUCCUGAUAUCAUGUUAUAGAGUAUAGAGAUGCAGAUUGAGGAAUCCAACCCCCGUGCACAACAAAAAACACCAUCCAGUCUAUUGUCUUGUCUUGAUCUGUCGUCUACUGUCUACCUAGAACUU